GACCCGCCCGCUGCCGGCGCCGCUCGCCCGCCCGCCUGCUCGCACUCGGUCGCGCCGCGGGGCAGGCAUGGGAGCCGCACGCGGCCUCCCGGCGCCCACACCUGUUUGAACGGCGCGGCGAGCCGCGGCCCCGGCGGGCUGCUCGGCGCGGAGUGGUGCUCAGCAUGGCGGGGAUUCCAGGGCUCCUCCUCCUCCUCCUCCUCCUCCUCCUCCUCCUCCUCUGUGCUGUGGGGCAGGUGAGCCCCUAUGGUGCCCACUGGAAACCCACUUGGCCUGCUUACCGCCUCCCUGUGGUCUUGCCCCAGUCCACCCUCAACUUAGGCAAGCCAGACUUCGGGGCUGAAGCCAAAUUGGAGGUGUCCUCCUCGUGUGGACCCCAGUGUCACAAGGGGACUCCACUGCCCACUUAUGAAGAGGCCAAGCGGUACCUGUCUUAUGAAACGCUCUAUGCCAAUGGCAGCCGCACCGAGACCCAGGUGGGCAUUUAUGUCCUCAGCAGUGGUGGGGGACAAGAGUCUUCAGGAAAGUCUCGGAGGAAGCGGCAGAUUUAUGGCUAUGACAGCAGAUUCAGCAUUUUUGGGAAGGACUUCUUGCUCAACUAUCCCUUCUCAACAUCAGUGAAGUUAUCUACAGGCUGUACGGGCACCCUGGUGGCAGAGAAGCAUGUGCUCACAGCUGCCCAUUGCAUACACGAUGGGAAAACUUACGUGAAGGGAACCCAGAAACUUCGAGUGGGCUUCCUGAAACCCAAGUUUAAAGAUGGUGGCCGAGGAGCCAACGACUCGACCUCAGCCAUGCCGGAGAAGAUGAAGUUUCAGUGGAUCCGGGUGAAACGCACCCACGUGCCCAAGGGCUGGAUCAAAGGCAAUGCCAACGACAUCGGUAUGGAUUAUGACUAUGCCCUCCUGGAACUGAAAAAACCCCACAAGAGAAAGUUCAUGAAGAUUGGGGUAAGCCCUCCUGCCAAGCAGCUGCCGGGGGGCAGAAUCCACUUCUCUGGUUAUGACAAUGAUCGACCAGGCAAUUUGGUGUACCGCUUCUGUGACGUUAAAGAUGAGACUUAUGACCUGCUCUACCAGCAGUGUGAUGCCCAGCCCGGGGCCAGCGGGUCCGGGGUCUAUGUGAGGAUGUGGAAGCGACAGCAGCAGAAGUGGGAGAGAAAAAUUAUUGGCAUUUUUUCAGGGCACCAGUGGGUAGACAUGAAUGGUUCUCCGCAGGAUUUCAACGUGGCUGUUCGAAUCACCCCUCUCAAAUAUGCCCAGAUUUGCUAUUGGAUUAAAGGAAACUACCUGGAUUGUAGGGAGGGGUGACCCAGGGUUCCUUCCUGGUGGCACUUAGUGGUCUCCAUGUACUUAUUUUAGGACAGGCCAAAUUUUGUCAUUGGUAUGUGUGAGUGUGUGUGUGUGUGUGUGUGUGUGUGUGUGUGUGUGUAAUGUGUCAUAAUUAUCUUUUACCUGAUUUUUAAAAAUUGCAAGAUGACUGGCUUUAUUUGAAAACCGGUUUGUGUAUCAUAUAGCAUUUAAACAGGUUAAAGGCAUUCUUUUGCAUAGAAGUGAAAAAAAAACAUGCUGAUGUUUGGGAUGAUAGGGAAUAUUUAGCAAUUAAGUUAAUCUUUUAUUUUCUGAGAACUUUGAUUUUAUUUCAUCUGAACUUGUUUCAAAGGUUUAUAUUAAGUAUGUGGCAUAUGGGAGAUAUAAAUUCUUAAAUUCUUA